GAGUUUCUUGUGCCGUGUAGAGAUGUUCUCACUCUUCAUGGAGAUACUCGCACUUGUACCCAAAGAUCAGCUUCCCAGUCAUCUCCGCAAUCAGUCUCUGCAGACGUAUCUCGACUUCAAGCUGGCAUCGCUGUCAUACCAGCAGCGCAAGCAAGAAUUUCUCGAGCAUGUCGGCUGCUGGGUGCAGGCCAGUUGUGAUCUGCAGAAAUUUUCCAAUCCCACUGGAGACUCAGAAGUAGCGACAACUCGGCCGUUUGAAAUAACUUGAACUGUCCACCUCUCCACACUGCACUCUUGGCCCACAUUCGCCACACCAUAGCGAGGAAAUUCGUUCUUGGAUAGAUGUGUUCCAUAUCCUCCAGGCAGCUGUUUCGCUUACUGAGAGCUCCUCAGCGCUGGUAGAUAACGAACGAAUAGACUGGAGACAGUCUCAUCAUAUCUGACUGUGAUCAGACGAGAGAGAGGAAAGUCGCCCUGCUGCUGUGGUGCAACAGACCUUAUCCCAGCCUGCAGCCAAAGCUCUGUGAUGGGCGACGAGAGGGGAAGGCGGCUUGUAUUCAAACUGCAGCUAUCAAUGAAGUUGAAUGAAGUUGAAUGAAGUUGAAGACACCACUGCAGCUGUACUUAUGGUUGAUAAAUAUGGUGGUAAAGA